CACGGCCGGCCUGCUUUCCUCCCUCCGGUGGGCGGGCUGAGUUCCUCCCCGCCCGCCGCCCCACAAGCAGCCGGAGGGCGCCGCGGCAGCCGAAGCGCGAUCGAUGCCGGGAGCGCGGAGGAGAAGGCGGCGGCGCUGCUGAGAGGGGGGGCGGCCCCGCCCGGAGAUGGGGAUUCUCAGCAUCACGGACCAGCCUCCUCUGGUCCAAGCCAUUUUUAACCGUGAUAUAGAGGAGGUACGGUCAUUACUGAGUCAGAAGGAGAAUAUCAAUGUGUUGGACCAAGAGAGACGAACCCCUUUGCACGCAGCUGCAUACUUAGGGGACACCUCUAUCGUUGAACUCCUAAUAUUAUCAGGUGCUAACGUCAAUGCAAAGGACACUCUUUGGCUAACCCCGUUACACCGUGCUGCAGCUUCUCGUAAUGAGAAAGCACUUAACCUCCUCCUAAAGCACUCAGCAGACAUCAAUGCUCGUGACAAGUAUUGGCAAACACCACUGCAUGUUGCUGCUGCCAACAGAGCUAGCAAGUGUGCUGAGACUAUCAUCCCACUGCUUAGUAAUGUUAAUGUGGCAGACCGCACUGGCCGCACAGCACUGCACCAUGCUGUACACAGUGGGCACCUUGAGAUGGUAAACUUGCUCUUAAAUAGAGGGGCCAAUCUGAGCACAUGUGACAAGAAGGAGAGACAGCCAAUACAUUGGGCAGCCUUUCUGGGGCAUUUAGAAGUCUUGAAGCUACUGGUAGCCCGUGGAGCUGACAUCACAUGCAAAGACAAAAAGGGUUACACACUGCUGCACACAGCAGCAGCCAGCGGCCAGAUUGAAGUUGUGAAACAUCUGCUGAGGCUUGGAGUUGAGAUUGAUGAACCAAAUUCCUUUGGCAACACUGCACUUCACAUUGCCUGUUACAUGGGCCAGGAUGCCGUGGCGAAUGAACUGGUCAACUAUGGCGCCAAUGUCAAUCAGCCCAAUGAAAAGGGCUUCACCCCCCUGCACUUUGCUGCCGUCUCCACCAACGGAGCCCUGUGCCUGGAACUUCUUGUCAAUAAUGGAGCUGAUGUGAACUUUCAGAGUAAAGAAGGGAAGAGUCCUUUGCACAUGGCUGCCAUUCAUGGACGGUUUACACGCUCUCAGAUUCUCAUACAAAAUGGCAGUGAGAUUGACUGCGCUGACAAAUAUGGCAAUACCCCCCUCCACGUUGCUGCUAGAUAUGGCCACGAGCUGCUAAUUAGUACUUUGAUGACGAAUGGUGCUGACACUGCAAGGCGUGGGAUUCAUGACAUGUUCCCUCUGCACUUAGCUGUUCUCUUUGGAUUCUCAGACUGUUGUCGUAAGCUACUUUCCUCAGGUCAGUUGUACAGCAUUGUCUCCUCACUCAGCAACGAGCAUGUGCUGUCUGCAGGCUUUGAUAUCAAUACGCCAGAUAACCUCGGGAGGACCUGCCUCCAUGCUGCUGCUUCCGGAGGGAAUGUUGAAUGUCUUAACUUGCUGUUGAGCAGCGGAGCUGACUUGAGGAGGAGAGAUAAGUUUGGAAGGACUCCUUUGCACUAUGCAGCCGCGAAUGGCAGCUAUCAGUGUACGGUGACACUAGUCACUGCCGGAGCCAGUAUUAAUGAAGCUGACUGUAAAGGCUGCACCCCCUUACAUUAUGCUGCUGCUUCAGACACUUACAGGAGAGCUGAGACUCAUUCAGGAAACAGCCAUGACACUGAUGAAGAGCCACUGAAAGAGUCACGACUGAAGGAGGCCAUCUUUUGUUUAGAGUUCUUACUGGAUAAUGGUGCUGACCCCUCUCUCCGAGACAAACAGGGAUACACUGCUGUCCAUUACGCAGCUGCCUACGGCAACAGACAGAACCUUGAGUUGCUCCUGGAAAUGUCUUUUAACUGCCUGGACGAUGUGGAAAGCACCAUUCCAGUCAGCCCUUUGCACUUAGCUGCCUAUAAUGGUCACUGUGAAGCCCUGAAGACGCUUGCCGAAACCCUGGUGAACCUGGAUGUGCGGGACCACAAAGGGCGGACGGCUUUGUAUCUUGCCACGGAGAGGGGCUCUACGGAGUGCGUGGAGGUGCUCACCAGCCAUGGUGCUUCUGCUCUUGUGAAGGAGAAAAAGAAGAAGUGGACACCCCUCCAUGCUGCUGCUGCCUAUGGGAACACAGAUUCCCUGCAUCUUCUCAUUGAUAGUGGGGAGAGAGUCGACAUCACUGAUGUCAUGGACAUCCAUGGACAGACCCCAUUGAUGUUGGCAAUCAUGAAUGGCCAUGUAGAUUGUGUCCAUCUCUUACUAGAGAAAGGAUCCACAGUGGAUGCAGCAGACAGAAGAGGCAGGACUGCACUGCACCGAGGGGCUGUUACUGGCUGUGAAGACUGCCUUGCAGCACUGCUGGACCAUGAUGCCUUUGUAUUGUGUCGGGAUUUCAAGGGCCGGACCCCGAUCCAUUUUGCCUCGGUGUGUGGGCAUUCUGAAAUCCUGAGGACCUUGCUGCAGGCAGCGCUCUCUACUGACCCUCUGGACUCUGUAGUGGACUAUAGUGGCUAUUCACCAAUGCACUGGGCUUCAUACAGUGGGCAUGAAGAUUGUCUUGAAUUGUUACUUGAACACAAUCCAUUUGCAUACCUAGAAGGAAACCCCUUUACUCCAUUGCACUGUGCAGUAAUUAACAACCAGGAUGGCACCUCUGAGAUGCUUGUUGAAGCAUUGGGUGCCAAGAUUGUUAAUAGCAGAGAUGCCAAAGGAAGGACCCCCCUUCACGCUGCUGCCUUUGCAGACAACAUCCAUGGUUUACAAUUGCUUUUGCAACACCAGGCUGAGGUAGAUGGAACUGACCAAUUGGGGAGGACCCCUCUUAUGAUGGCUGCUGAAAAUGGCCAGACAGCAGCAGUUGAGUUCCUGCUGUACAGAGCAAAAGCAGAUCUAACUGUGCUGGAUGUCAACAAGAACACAGCUCUUCACCUGGCCUGCAGUAAGGGUCAUGAAAAGUGUGCCUUGUUGAUUCUGGGGGAAACCCAAGACCUUGGCCUUAUCAAUGCAACAAACAGUGCUCUACAGAUGCCACUCCAUAUUGCAGCUCGAAACGGAUUGGCCUCUGUUGUCCAGGCUCUGCUGAGCAGAGGUGCCACUGUGCUUGCUGUGGAUGAAGAAGGUAUGCAUCAUUCACAUCUGGAAGCUCAAGGCCAUACCCCAGCCUUGGCUUGUGCCCCCAACAAAGACGUUGCUGACUGCCUGGCACUUAUCCUUUCCACCAUGAAGCCUUUUCCACCUAAAGACGCCAUCAGCCCUUUCAGCUUCAACCUCCUCAAGAACUGCGGCAUUGCUGCCAAGACAGCCGCCUGCAGCUCCCUGCCCAACGGGAACAGCUGCCCCUACACCAAGGAUAGGCACAAUGCCAUCGGCUUAGAUGGCUGUUAUUCGGAAUAGCUUAAAAAAAAAAAACAACGAUGAUGGGUGAUCUAGUAUCUCUUCUAUUUAUUUAGGAAUUCUAUCAAUAUAGGACACUUUAAAGGAGAACAAGACUGGGAAUGGGCCUUCCAAAAGGUCCUAGGAACCAAAAAAAAAAAAGGAAAGAAAAAAAAACCCUAGAGAAAGUGAUCUCAGCUUCUGCAUCCUACCUAGAUACUUGCUUUGACCACUAGCAUUUCUUUUGCUAUCAAAAUUAACAAAAAGAAGUGUGGGUUUUUGAACAGAUUCAUCCUUUUAAGGCGCUUUUGUUUAAAAUUAUUCUGUGAAGCUUUAAAAAAAAAAAUAAUCUGCUUGUAUUCUUCUUUCCCUUGCUGUUUGCCAAAGGGUAUUGCCCAGUUCUUCUGAGUUCAAUGUUUUUAAAGCGACCCACAUUUUUCAGUCCAAUUCCUCAAGGCUUGUUGCUUUGAGUGAAGAGCCAAUUAAAUUUAUUUCAUGCAUGGGGUUGUGGCAGCAGCCAAAGGGCCUGAAUUUGAUCAUCUGGAUCAUCUUAACUGUGUCUCCCACACUUCCCCUCUGGCAGGCCACCUUAUCAUUUGGGAUCAUUUUCUCUGUGCCCUCAGAGUGAAAAUAAUUCCGAGGGACCCAGCAGUAUAGGCAGGGAGCAGAAGCUUGAAUUGCUGCUGCUUUUUGUUUUGCAUUUUGAAAUGAGGACAGGGAGGUUGAUCAAUGAAGGACCGCCAAGAAAGGCAGCAGCUGCUGGCAAAGUGACACUAUCAUUGCUUCUUCCCGUAUGGUAACUUUUGUUUGUUUGUUAGUUUGUUGUGCUCGCCCUUUUUGAUUCCAGUGAAAAACACUUGAACUGAGAACUACUGUACCUGGAUACUCUGAUACUUUAGGCAGCUCAUAGUCCCUUGCGUGCACCAUGGAUGCUGUUGCCAACCAACGCGGUUCCUUUUUAAAAAAAAAACAAAAAACUUGUAUAUGCGCUGCCAGAAUUAUUCCAACCACAUCAGGCACUUUAGGGAUCUUCUGUUUUUGGAGGCUGGUUUUUUGUUUUUUUUGUUUUUUUAUGUGGUGGGGGAGAGGGAAGGUUAUCGGGGUUGCAAAAUGUUAGGUCCCCAAAGAGAUUUUUUUUUGUGUGGUUCCCCCUGCCCCCUCCUGUCUCUGUGUUGUGCAGUGUUUCCCAUUAGACAAGUCAGUGUUGCCUAAAAAAGUUAUUUAUAAAGAAGCAAGCAUUUUAUCUUUUGAAAAAUAGCAAAAAGAAAAAAAAAAAGCUUUCUGCAAGGAGAACAAUGCACUUCAGAAUCUUACAAUCCUACAUUUGUAUUUAUAAUUUUUCCAACUAGAAUAACAUCCAGCAGAUUUCAUUAGAGGGUGUGUGUGUAUUUGUCUGUCCGUCCAUCCAUGGGUGGGGCUAGUAUGAGUGCGUAUUUUUUAUUUUAAAAUUCCUAUUUAUUACACAUUUGAGAGUGCACUGUUUUUCUUUUUGUACUGUAAACUGUAUCAUGUGUAGAAACUAACAACAACAAAAAAAAAGAUUACCAUAUCACAAAGUAUGUUCAAAGCCAAAGAUUGGGAUGUAGCAAUCAGAUGAAAGCUGCUGGGGCAAAACUUUAUGACCUAAUAAUCUUUUCCAUCGCUUUCCCAGUCCUGCAGAGCUGUGGUAGGCUUGGGACUGCGUUUAGCAGAACAUGUGAAUUUUCAGAAAGAAUUAUCCCAAGGCAUAGUGUGUUUGGACCAGCAAGCUUUAAGGCUAGUAACCCUGGGAAACAAACUGGUUUUUAUUUCCCCCCAGGUGAUCUUCUUACAGACUCUCUUUGAUUGUUAAGGAGAAUAUAUGAGCCAGCUGUAGACUUGAAUUCUUUUGCAUCAUGGUGCAUUUUACACUUUGAACAAUGUAUAGGAAUUUAAAACCCAGAAUUUAAAUGGACAGGCAAACUAUACCUCCUCUGCUCUGGCCUUUUCAUUACCAGAUUUAUGAUGCAGAGUGGACACCAAUGCAAUUGCUAGAGCCUUAUUUAUUUGCAUUGACUGGUUUUCCAAAAAAAUAAUAAUAAUAGAAGAAUCAGGAAACAGCAAACUUAAGAGAGUGUGGCUAAUGGCUAGAUCUUUCAAAGAGGAGAGUUGAAUCGGGAAGUGAGAAAAGAUUAUGAUGAAAUAAUAAGUGUAGACAAGACACAAAUCCCUUCCUUUUGGCACUGUUUGAAUUUACCAAAGCCAAAUUCCUACAGCCAAAUGACACAGCCACUAUCUUGCCCUUUGCCAAACAGUGCAUUUUUUAAAAGGAUAUGAUCACUUUGUUUUUCUUCUCUUUUUAUGGAUCCUUCUUCUGCCCCAUCCCCUCACACCCAGCCUCCCUCCCCCUCCCCCCCCCCCAAAUGGGCUUUGUCUCAGAGAUUUAUUACACGUCAUUUGGGAUCAGUUCUUCUAAGUAUUUGCUAAAUUAUUUAGUUUGUUUCCUGCAUAUGGAUAGAUUGCAAAAAAAAUUAAAAAAAAUGGGGGCCUUAAAGGUAGUGAAUUCUAGUCUUUAAACAAACCUAACAAUGUCCUUUGACUAAGCCUUCUGCAGAGACUAGGGCACUACUAGCUUAGCUGUUUCUUCUUUCUUUGAUGCCCAAGGAAUCUUAAGAAAUCUUUUCAUUUUUGCAGCUGCCGGGUAAUGAGCGUAUUAAAAGUUUCAAUGCACUUGCCAAAAAAGCACAGCGGACAGCCUGUUGCAGAUUGGCCAUUAAUGUUUUUCACUGCACUAUGGUUGGGUUACUUUUCUCUGCCCUCGGUUACUCCACAUUCUCUACCUUGAAAGAAAGUGUUAACCUUUCUACACCAAAUACCUCACUGUUGGAAUAGAAAUGAACAAAACUUGAAUUAAAGAUUCCUCUUCUCCCCUGUCCCCCAUUUUUUGAUGAGAAAGGUCCUUUUCGGCAUCCUGUAGAUGGAGAGCUCAAAACAAAACAAAAAACAAACCACUUGUUUACAUUUUAUUAGGUACUAGCAAUUCUUUCAAAUUGCCUAAUUUUAUUUUAAGCCUUCUAUGCGCAAUCCUUUCUAUGCCCCCCCCCCAAAGAAGGGCAAAGAGGACAUAAGUUGGGAGGGCCAAAGUAAGUCUGAAGCCACUCUUGGUCAUUGUUUGAUUUCUUUUCAAGGGCUAAAUGAAUAAUCCUCUAAAGGCAGAAACUGGACUGAGACAUUUGUAGGGAAAUGGGUGGGAGAGAUCCAGUGUUUCUUGCAGUGCUGAGAACUAGGAGGCCUUCAGGAAUUCUGUCUCUUCCCACAGGUGCAAUGGUUUAAACCGGGGGGGGGGGGUGUCCAACCUUGGCAACUUUUAAGACUUGUGGACUUCAACUCCCAGAAUUCCUCAGCCAAUUCUGGGAGUUGAAGUCCCACAGGUCUGUAUUCAUCCCAAGCCAUGUCUUUGUGGCCUGGAGGAAUGUGGACUCAUUGAGAAAUCCUAGCACAGUUUGUUCUUAUAGGAGAAAAAAACCCCUUUUUCCCCCUUUUACUUCUAUGUAUUGAAUUGUAGUUGCUUCUGUAACAGUUUUUGGGAAUGAAUAUAGCUUGAAUAGUUGACAAUUUCUACAAGAGACCUUGAACCAAGGAGGUUGAAGGUUCCAUGGACCACAGUCCUUAGAAAGCGGAGAUGCUCCCUUAUCAGUUUUUUUGUUUUUAAAAAAGCAGGAAUGAAAUUUGAAGGAAGGGGCAGAAGCUGAGAUACAAUCAGCAUUCUGAGAUAAGUUUUAGAAUAAGGGAAUUUUCUAACCCUACUGCCAGAUGAAUUGGGCUGGCAUCAAUUUUAUUUCUUACGUUACCUCCUUAUAUUAGAACUAUCAUGGGUUUGUGCAGGACUUCUUUUGCUGAAUUGAUGAAAAGUAAUCAGGCAGGAUCGUCUUUUUAAUUGCAUUCUUGCCACACAAAAAAACAAAAAAACCCCAAGGCAUUCCCUUUCUUACAUUUCAUCCUAAAAAUGGAAGAUAUGACAAUCAAUGUGAUCUUUUUAAGGGCUUCAGCGUACUUAGCUCUGUAGCAUCGCACAUUAUUAUAUUUCUAGUGUUCCAUUUAACUUUUUCCUUUUCCUUUAAAAUGAUGACGAAGAAAAAAAAAUGGAGUGGAAACAAUUCCAGCAGCGCAUAUCUAAAUUAAUAUAUUUUGUUGCUUUUUUAAAAAAACAAAGAAAUGGAGGCAGCAGUUGGGUUGGGUGUAAAGAAAUGUGGCCAGCUCUAUUUUAGUUGCCAGUCUUGUUCUCCUUUAAUGCUGUAACAUGUACAUUUUGACAGCACAGCUUGACAGUUUUAAGUAAUAAUUCAAAUGUCUGGUGGUAAUAACUUGCAUUAUUGUGCUAAGAUGAGAGUUGGUUUUCCCUGGUGCAUUGUAAAAGAGGGCUGGAGGCAAACUUCCUUUUUUACUUCCUCUCUUUUCUCCCACCACCCCUUCCCUCCAGUAUUCUGCAAGCACAUUUGACUUCCUGAUGUGCAGUAUUUUACACAGGGUUGGGAGAAAACGGGGAGUGGGGGCAGAAGAGGAUCUUGGCUUGCAGCUUCUUCCUGUUGCCAUCUUCCUUAGGAAUGGCAUAAAAUCUAUUUUAACCGUGCAUCCUUCUUUGCAUCUUAGAAGACCCUGCUCAUAAUAUUUCUGGAUGAUGGUUUUUUGUUUUUUUUUUCCUUUCCUUUUCACUUGUCUCAAAAAGCAAUCAUGGGGCUUCCCUUCUUAACCAAUCCAAAUAAGGAAGUUUUUCUCCAACCACCUUUCUCCGAAGCACUUGCUUUACAAGUUAAAAAAAAAAAAGCACUUUUGUUUAAAAGCAUGAGGGUCUGAUUCCCCCUUUUAUAGCAACCUAUAGGAGAAAGGCCAGCAAGGGAAUACGGGAUCAGGAAAAGCCUAUUUUCCUUUUUGUCCCUCCCCCCACUUUUUUUUUUUUUAAUUCUUUAGUCUAUGUUGGGUGGGAGGUGGGUGGAGAAUUCUUUUUAAUUUACUUCAGGGCUCUAGAGUCAUGGUUCUAGGGUUCAGAGAAUUAGAACAAAGGGAAGUUGUGUUUUAAAAAAAUAAACAGCACAAAUACAUUUCAGCUUGACAAGUGUAUUUGCACUGCCAUUGUUAGAUAAAUGGGCCUUCCGCUGGGAGCCCAGCUGAGCCAUAUAACUAUUGACAAACACUGAAUGUAAAUGUCCUUGUAGUGGGCAAGUACUGAGAAGCGAUAAAUUGAUCAUAUAUUCCUAAGUGGGCACUUCAGCGAAUUUAAAAUAAUAGAUCCUGAUAAAAUGAUGCUGUUCCUUUUUUUCUAAAAAUGACUUUAUUUUGUUUACUUUUCCCCAGAGGUUGCUGGAGCUUAAGAAAACCCAUUUGUAGCAUUGCUAUUGUUCAUUACUUCUACAUUUUCUUUGCCCUCUAUCCCCCACCCUUGCCCAAGGAGUUCAAAAUCCCCCUCUAAUAUUCCUAAAGAGUUGUAAUGUAAAAAAUGAACUUAUAGGAUUGGAAUCUGUGUCCCUGAAAAUGAUUUGUAGAUUAGCACCCACAACCCUUGUAUAUUAUCUAGUCUGGUUUCUUGGUUCGGUGCAGUGGAUUACCAAAGGGGCCUGUCUCUGGCCAGCUUCUGUACAGACUAAAUGUGCAAGAGACUUUGAAUCUCCUUUAGGGCUAAUGCUCACUUUGUAUUGAGAGCUAGAUCCAAACAUUUUGGCUUCCUUCUGGUAGGAACGUGAUAGUUGAUCCAAGGACAGAAUACUUUGCAGGUAGGCAAAUUGGGGUGGAAAGAUUCCUCUAAUGAUAGGAAUUUUUAAACUCCAGCCAGUAUAAGGUAUUCUGGCAUAGCUAUGAACCUUAAUGUGAGCAAUCUUCUUCUUUUAAAAAAUAAUAAUAAUCAGUCAUUAAAACAAAUAUCCAAGCAAGUAACCUUCCCUCCUCUCCUUGCUGAGUCUUGGAAAGUAUAUUUAUAUAUCCCAUAUUUAACUUUCCUUCCCUCUCCUCAUUACUCCAUGUAUUUUUCUCAAAAACAUUUUCCAUGUCAAAUUGUCGUGUGAUUCCGUUCUGAUUAGCUAUUUGCCCAAUAGUGCCAAAGAGAUGACAAGAUUAGGAAAGUGGUGAAGAGAGAUUCGGUGAUCUUUCAUAGCAUACUUGGCUUUUUAAAAACAAAUUAUUUAACCUGUAAGCUCAGUUCAGCUUGGCCUUGAGCAUAUUUUUUAUGUGCAGGAAAAUGGUGGUGGGGGGGGGAAGGGCGAAGAACCACCAUCCGUAUUGGAAAUGUAAAUGUGAAAACCUUGAAUUGUUUCAUUACUUUAAACCUUCUCUUGGUGGAUUUUUUUUUUUAAUGGGUGCUUCAGUAUCAAGCAUGUAGCAUUUGAGAAAAAAUGUGACUUCAGCAUCGCUUAACUCCUACAAAGUCAAUGUUAAAGAAGAGAUGGGGAUAUAUAGAUUAUUUUUCCCCACUGAAGCAAGGAGGAAUGUUAAUUGCAGUUGGGAUUCUGUGAACUUUGAAGCAAUGAUUUCAUUCGAAUCAUGAAUUUGGGGGACAAAGAAAAAGCUGUUAAUGUUACAGAUAGGUAGAAAAUAUUUUGGGCUGGGUUGGGAGGGGGAUAGAUCUCUAAAGUCUCCCGUAAGGCAUCUGUAGCAAGUUCUUAGUGUCUUUCUUUCCGUGAUCUAUGUGUAAAUGCUGCACCGAUGUAUAUUAUGCACAUAAAAACAUUUCUUUGAAUAAGAUAGGACAGACCUCAUCUCCAGUCAGGUAUAAACUAUUCUCCUCCUUUUGUGUGUUAGUUUUUCUCUGUGUGUAUGUGUGUGUGUGUGUGUGUAUACCUGUAUGCGAUGAGCAUCUUUUCAAAUUCACUUUUGGUGCAAAAACAAAAGGGAUGAAAAAGAAAAGAAAGAAAAAUAGCCUUACUUUUAAUUCCAAUCCUAUCUUAGUUUGUCAACUUGAAUAUAAUAAAGCAGAAUUGCAUGGAAGUCUUUAAAACUAGCUGAGCCUCGUGUGCACGGUGAGUGGCAGUAAACUUUUUUUCUAAACAAAAAAUUAGUAUGCAAUUUCAGCCACACAGCUUGUAGAAAAAUCCCUGCAUUUUUUUUUAAAAAGAAUGACGCGCGGGGGGUUUGAUUAUACCAGCUUGUGCCUGCUUUGCCUUCUGAAAAACUUGGGAAUUUGUUCCCAUUCCCUUACCUUUCAUGCUGACCAGAAGAGAGAUUUCAUAAAGAACCUUACAUUGUAUUUUUUUUUCUCAUGAAACCAGUGUUUUCCAGAUUUCCAACCUAUUUGGACAUCAGGUGUACUGACAGUACAGAUUAACAGCAUAUUUAGUUAUUGAAUAUGGGGGGGGGGGGGGUUAGGGAGGAAAAUAAGGACAGAUACAUCAGCAGAUGGUUCAGAUUAUCUGCUUUCCAAGGUAGGGUUGCAUCCUGUCUGGCCUGCAUAAAUAAUUACUACAUUUUAGAUACACCUGCAUUUUGUGCUUCUAUCAGCAGUAGGGAAAAGGCCAAAAAAUGACUGGAAGUGUGGAAAUUACCUCAGGGCUGUCAAACUCGCAGCCCGUAGGCCAGAUGCCUCACGAGUUUGACAGCCCUGCUCUAGUUGGUCCUUUGACUUGCACGGUGGAUAUAUGAAUCUAUUGUGUAAUUUUUGUCCCAGGCAUUUGGUUGCAGCACUGUAAAUCUGGGAUCCCUCCUGUCAACUUGAUUAUGAAGAUAAAGAGAAAGGUUAGUUUCAAGUCCUGCCUCUUUGUGGUGAUACAAUUAGGGUUUGCCAAUGUACAGCUGUCCCCUCUAAAUUUACCAUUCUUAACGUGGAAUCCUCUGAUUGUUCAUCUUUAAUUUAGGAAAUGCAAGUAGCAUUUCGGGGAGUGGGGGGGGAAAUAAAUGGAAUGGCCUCACAGAAACAAAUGUUUCAGACUUGAGAACAAGCCUAGGUUCUUACAUUCUGGUAAUUUAUUUGGUAUCUGAAAUUUGCACUAAUCGGUUGAAGAUCUCUUAAGCAAAAUUGGAAAUAGAGGCAUUAAUCAGCAGAGCACACUUAGAGAGAUGAGAAGUUGGAGAUAAAUGAUCAAAACCAAAGGGGAAAUUGGUACUGUGGGUUCUUGGAGUUUGACACAGAGAAGACUUCCAUAUUGUGUUGGGCAUCUUGUAGACAAUAUUGAGUGGUUUGGGCUCACUUUUUAGAAUCCCGCAGUGUACCAAAAUAAACUCUUUUUAUACUGACAAAAAACAGAGGCCAGUGAAGGAAUUAGCUUUUAAAAUGAGAGAACCAGAAAAGAUCAUUGUCGAAGGUAAGAUUUGGAAACAUAGCUUUAUGGACUAAAAGUGACUAGGGCAUUAUUGGAUUGUGUUAGUUGCCAGUUAUUAAUAUUUUAAAAGGCAUUUUUCGUUGGUCCACUUGAAGAUAUUUAUUGAAAUGGCUGCUGAUAGUUUUGUAUGCAUGUCCUUACUUGAAUGUUUUGGAAAAAUAAUAGUGAAAGGAAGUUCCUGGAAUGCAAUUGCAGUUAACCUAGGUGUUACAUCAGCAUCUCUGGCUUGCUGACAUUGGAGUAGAGAAGGAGUAAAACUGAGGGAAAUGCAUUUAAAGGCAGCCUGCUGGCAUUUCUCCAAUUUCUUUCCCUGCUUUUCCUCUAUCUUGAGAUUACUCUUUUGGCACUAUCAAACUGACUUCUGAUUCUUUUAGAAAGGGAGAAUGUUAAUCCAGGCAGCUAGAUUUCAAAGUAGAAAUUGAAACAUAUAUUGUAUUGAAAGAAUAUUCUUACAAAUGUUAACCAUUCCAGACGCCUUAGCUACCUGACAUGAAUGUAGCUUGUUUACCUUAUGAGAAGAAGCACCUUACAAUGUUCUUCUAUCUUCCUUGUAGUGAAAAGGCUAAUUUAACAUUGAUAGGUUACAUACAAAGCCCAUUUUGGUAGGAAGGAUUUGCACUGUAUAAGGGGAGUAUGAUGGUAGUUGGGUCAGGUCCUUCUCAAGUGUGAAGUCUAAAUUGGCUCCCCCGUCUCAUUUUUUUGCCUAACUUCACUUAACUCUUAUCCUUCAUCUCAUAAAGAAAAGCAGGCAUCCGAUUUAGAAUUUAUUUUUAUUUCCCCUUCUCUCAAUUUUCUCUUGUAUACCAAGGUGACGGAACUCUUGGGGUUUUCUUUCCUAAAGUGAGCAAUGCUUAGUCAUAAAGCCUUAUGAAGUAUGCUAGCUUAGUCCGUGUGAAAGUUGGAGGAUAUUGGAUCUCAGGUGGAGUGGGAUGAUGCAGGACGUUAAUUUAGCUUCUUCAAACCUAACAUUGCCUUCUUUCUGUUUCUGCAGUCCAUACAUAUUACUCUAGUACCUUAAAAAUUAGUUGCGGGUAUGGUGACUCCAUUCUUUGUAUGUUUGGUUUUGAGAUUUAUAAUCCCACUUUUCUGGGGUGAGAACACCAGCUUUGGGAAAGCGGAACUAAAACAAAAUGUGUGUUAAUUCUUGCUAGGGUAGUUUUCUUUCUGCCCUGCUGUAAUUUGAUGCUAUGUUGUAUAGAUUCAGAGCUUUUUAAAAUUGCACUAAAUAUGUAUGUGGCAAUUUCUGAUUUUUCAUUUAAUUUCUCCUCUCCCCCCCUCCCCCCCCCAAAAUCAAGCAGUUUCUUCUGUUAGUAGGGAAUGGCAUAAGUUAUUUGCCAUAUCUGUUAUUCUUUUUGGCUUUCUAAUGGAUCUUGCUUCCUUUCCCACUAAAGCAGCACUGUAUCGAACCUAAUGCUGGAUUCUUAAAUUUCAUUCUUAUUUUUUAAUUCUUGUGCUAUUUUAUUUUACAAAUUAAUCUUUCUGUCCACCCAAAUUAAUACAUUUUAUCAAUUACUGCCGUUAUCUGUUUUCACUUCUAAUAUUUGCCAGUGAUUUCAAUGUAUAGGAACAGGGCUGCAAUGCAAGACUUCAGUCCCAGAGCUUUGAGCCCUCCAGGCUUCUAUCAAAACACAGGUGGAAGUUUAUAUUUACAAGUUUAUAUUUACAAGCAGAAAUUGAGAAGUAGACUUUCUCUCCUUCCCCACCAGCCCUUCCCCACCUGCUAGGUUUUCACAUGGGAAAAGAUGAUGCAAGCUAUAGCUGAGAUGUCACCCUCUCCUUUUCUGGCACCAAGCUUAGGCCUUCCACAAGUCCAAGAAAAACGUGUGUGUUUUUUUCAGAAGUAGUGGCUAAGUAGAACCUAGUUUUGUGCUGAAGAAUUGUAGAAAAGUGGGAAUUACUGGUCAUAUACCUCUGGCUUGGCCCGGUAGUGGGUUUCAAAUCCCGUCGCUACUGGUUUGCUCGUGGAUGCGUGCACCAGAGAUGUCUGGGCGGAGCCUCCCCCCGCUGCUACUGGUUCUCCCGAUCCGUGGUGAACCGGUAGCAACCCACUACUGGCCUGGCCCUUUUCCCCUCAGCACUUGGGCCUUUGAAGCUGAACUAAUUUGGGGUGAGAAUAGGGCCGCCUCUUGCUUUUCUUAAAUAUCCAUCUUCAUAGAAUAAAGUACAAACAGGGUAGUGUUUCUGUAGUAGAUUAAUUAGUAAAAGAAAUCGGCAAUAAAACUAGGCAAGUGUCCAAGCGCUUGCUUAAUAAAGAAAUGAGAAUUAUAAACAGCCAUGCAACUUUCUAGAUAUAAAUCCUAUAAACUACUACUCAUAGUAGCAUCCUCAUAGUAGCAGUCCUUAUCACUUUUCAGACCUAUGUUCGCAUAGAAAAAGAACACCCACUUCAAUGAUUUAUUGAGAAUGUGUUGAGGCAAAUAUGUAUUCCAACUAUAUAAGUGGAAGUGGCUUGAACUCUUAGCUUUUCGCACGUUUCAUUCUUAGUUCUUUUCACAAGAAUCUGUCAAAAGCUCUCAAGUUGCAUUCAUAUGUGAGAAACAAUUAAGUUAUACACCUGACUUUAGACUGUUUACCUUCCAAAUUAAGAAAAGACAGGAGAAAUGUUAUACUGGUGCUGAUUGGCUAAGAUGUGCUUAGUUAUUUUUAUGCUAAGAAUGCAAAUGCACCCCUCAAAAAAAUAGCUUCAUAAUAUUAUUUUUCCACUACUACUUACCCAAGUCCCAUCUUAGCAUCUUCCAGAUAUUCUGGGUGCCAGCGUUCAUCACCCUCACCCAGUGUGGCCAUUGGCCCACAGACCAGAAAUUAGAGAGUUGGCGCAAGAAAUUCAGAGGGCAACAACAUAGAGAGAAGACUACCAUCUUGUGUAAAUUUCAGAUCUAAGCCUCUACUUUAAUUAAUGUUAUGAUGAGCGAUGUAUAGAGUAGCUCAUAUUUCCCGCCUCCCCAAAAAAGGUAGGGGACUCAACAUUCACAACUUCCUAAAGUCUAAUAUGAAUGUUAGAACUUUCAAACCCACUCAGGUGCGAGAAAACAGUAUGUCCUGCAUGUUGCUCAGAGGGAAUAAGUUACAUCAAUGAGACCUGCAGAUUGCCCUUAAUUUCUCCCCACCCCCCACCCCCAGCAGUCUAUUUUUGAAUCUAGGAUAGGGAGACCAUGUUGACAAUCUAACUAGAGCGUGCCUGCCUUUGUUUUCUUGAAGUAGAACUGUGGACGUAGCUAUUAUUACUGUUAGCAUUCCUGUUGCAUGUUUGUUUUGAAUUACUUGGUCAUGCCUUCUCUGCAAUUUGGAAGUCAUGAACUGGGGUGAAAUUGGAAGCUCGGGGCGGUUUUCCUUUGAAGACCUGGAAGAGUUGCUUUCUUUUCCUCCCAUUGGGUUCAUGACAGAUGCAACGCACGCCCCUGUAACAGCCAACCUGCUGGGUUGGGUUUUUUUUACUAGUUGUGGGCUUGUCUUAUAGCAAUACUUGUUGGCUGUGAGCUUGCGGGCAACUUAAAAAGUUACCUGUGCUUGAAAUAGAUUUCUUCUUUGGGAGCAGCAAUAAAGGGGAUAGAAGAAGGGGAGGGAGAAUAAAACUGAUUGCUGUGUUGAGGGUUUGUAGUCCAUUCUUAUAGUUUGUACUAUUGGGUGUUUCGUGUUCUGUUUUAUUUAAAAAAGAAUUGGGGGGGGAGGGUGCAUUAUAAUGAUAAAUAGAAGGAUUUUUAAGUAUUGUGAUAAGAUUCUUUAUAAGCACUGAUUUUCAGCCCCAAUGGGAGCUUUCUGCUUGAAAGCUUCGAUGACCUUUGAUCUCUCAUGUACUGUACCUUCCCCAUAGUUGUCCUCGUUGCUUUUACCAGUUCUUUCCUUCUCCCUUGGUUUCUUUACCCUGAGAUGCACAAAUGGUAUGUACCUUUUAAGGGGGCACCCUAAUUGUGUUUUUUUUUUUGUUGUCUGUGUAAGGUAGAUGCAGCCAAUAUUUUGUGAUUGUGUUUGUUAGGGGUGACUUAGAUGAUAUAUUCUGUCUGCAUGAGCCGCAAACUGUGCUUCUCACCCACCCCCCACCCCCACUUUACUCUGUCUCCUCUCCCCAGCCAUAGCUGCAAGUAUGCAACAAGAGUCGGGGAGGAAAGUGUGAGGGCAUUGCACACAUUGUACACUUUCCUUGUUUUAGGGAGGGAGGGAAUACACAUAUGUAUUUUCCAGCCUGUCUUCUAAGGAUUGAUAAAGAUAUCUUAACUGUUGAUGCUAACUUUUAGCAGAUUGUGGAAAUAACGGUGCAAUUGUUUCAGGGUGGUUUUAAUCAGCAGAAGAUCAGGUCAGGCAUACACACACAGACACACACACACACGGUCCUUGUAUAAAUAAUAUAAAAUCUUAAAAUACGAAUUCACUCAAACACCCCCUUUGCCUAGCUCCUUUUUCUUGGCCGCUGAGCACUUCUCAGUUUCUUGCAUUUCAGUCUGGGACCAAAAAAACCUUAUAACGUAGGUAGCCCAUAAUAGCUAGGAGAACCACAAUAUACUGUCAAAGGAAAUCUUGUCACAUCCACUGAAAAUGGAAACAGAGCGCUAAAGCAGCCUUUUCCAACUGCUGCUGGCUAGAUGUGCUGGAUUUUAACUUGCCCAUCCCUUCGGCUGUACUGGGAUGGGGUACCCUACAGUAUUUUUUCCCCCCUGCUUAAUCUGUAACUGCUGCUUAUAAGUGGAAGGCUUUUUGUCUUCCAUGUUGAAUCAUUUGGUCCAAAGGCAUUCAGAGAAGAGUGCAUAUUCUGACACCACGUCAGUUUAAGCAUUCUGUUAGCUUUAUCUGCACAUUUGAGGCAAGGUUUUUAAUCCUUGGUUAACAUUACCAUAGUAUUUUCUCUUAAUUGCAUGGAGGCCAGUGUGCUUCUCAUUUUCGCUUCAGCAUCAGUUCUUAAGGGAACCGGGAGGGAAAUUGCGCCAGUUUAAAAGUUGUUUUACUAGACUUUUUUCUUUUCCUUUUUGUCUGUUACAGCCAGCUGCCGGAAUGCAGGACACUUGAGGAGCCCUUGGCUCUACAAUAAAAAUUGUUCUCCUCCUCCUUUGAUUAAGCUCUCUGCAUAUGGAGUCAGAGCUAUAGAUUCAGACUAGAGCAGGUCAAGGAUUUCCACUUAAUCUGUUUGAAAAAAACUGAUUUGGAGAAGAGGAAUGGAUCUUAGCAUUUCCCUUUAAAAUUGCUUGCCCUUUGUGCAAGCACUUCACAUUGUGUGCAUGGGUAUUUGCCUGCAGAGUCUUCAUAUAUAUUCAUGACAGGUGGUGUUAAGAUUGGCUAAAGUGGUAAAGUCAAAUCUUGUUUUAUUUCUUUCAUAUUUAAAAUUAAGAGUUUUAGGGUCCCUCUGAUAAAUAAAACAUUUCGUUCUGGAAAGAACUCCGGGAAGUGAGCUUCCCUGACAAGAGUUUUCUGAAACAAAAUCAUCCUUUGUUACCUUUACCACUUUAGGUGCGAUCUGAAUUAAUUCUAAUCUGCAUAAAUUUUAUAUUUUGGGAUAUUUUAUCUCCCAGUCCUUCUCCUCCUGCCAGUGUGGAAAAGCUCUCUAGGAUGAUAGAGAUGCCUGUACUAUAUUAAAAAGAGGAUAGGUGUCUUGAUAUGGAAGUCAGUCUAUAUUUCAACAGUUUGGUUGGGCUAUGGAGAAAGAACGGGUCAUCUUACCUAAUUCUUACAGUAAAAAACCUGAGCAAAUCAGGGCACACAAAACCCCUUCUUGCUCUUAAGAUGCUUCACAUCUUAAAACACCAGGCAAGGAGGGGAAAUCUAUGGCAUGGGAAAUCUCUGUUUCCCAUAAAAACUUUAGUGAGCAUUAAUUUGGGAGGAGGAAUGGAAGGCAGUUCUUAAAUCAGCACCUCAUAUUUACUGUACCUGUUUUGUAUUUGGUCUUUUGUAUUUAAUAGGGUAGAUUGGGAUUGGGAAAUAUUGUGUUUUCACCUUCAGAGCACUGAAUCUACAACCUGCUGAUCAAGACCAGCAUGCAACCAUGUUGACCUCCUCUGAGGCAGGGGCCUUAAUUGGGAUGGUUUAGUUAAGCAGAUAUUUUUAAAUUUGAUUCCUCUGUGUGUGUGUGUGUGUGUGUGUGUGUGUGUGUGUGUGUGUGUGUGCACGUGCAUACGUACGUAUGAGAGUGUGUAUACGUUGUAAUGGGUGAGUGAAGAUGGGAGUAUUGUUUGAAUGGUAAUAUUUUGGGUUUGGGGAUGAAUGAUUGGUUAUUGGAGCAAGAAUGGAAGUGCUGCCUAUGAAGCAUCACCCUUCUCCAUUGCUUGUAUCUUUGGAACCAUAAUGAUUGUGGGGAAGUUUAACUUUGCCCCCUUAUCUUGCUAGUUUUGGAAAGCUUGGACCAAUGUUUAGAAGAGAUUAUUACAAAAAAAAAUAAGCAUUCAAAUCAGCUCACAGGCUUGCCUUCUUACGUGCAGACACAUGAUCUUCCUUCAAACACUGGUUUAAAGCACAAAUACAUAUAUAUAUAUAUAUACAUAUAUAUAUGCCCAAAUGCUCACUCUGAGUGUUUCAGAAGAGGGUUGUUUGGUUACAGGGCAGGAGUUGCCAAGGUCAGUUCACAUUCCCCAAAGUCUGCUUUUAAGCCCAAUGCAAAGGAAGUUCCUGAUAUGCAAUCAGAGUGUUGCUCUUUUGAGACUGAUUGGCAAUCUCCCUUUCUUAUGGAUCUCCUUGCCCUCGUUUUUUCAUUGGAAGCAGUCCCUUCAAUAUUUUUUUUUUUUUACAAAGUAAUUAUGUUUCCCUCAAGAGUUUUAUUCUUAGAUAAGGCAGAUCUAUCAAACCAACCAUCAACUAUUCUUCCUUUUCUUCCCCACCCCGACCCCAGCCUGGUUGUUCCAUGAAAUGAAAACAUUAUGUUAAAGAGAUCUUAUGUAAAAUCAUAUUGAAUAACAAUGCAGUGAGGUAUCACAAGCCAUCCAUCCCCCCCUUUCUACACAUCUCAGUCUUGCGCACAGUGUGGAAGCCACCUUGUAUAAGCCCUUUACAUGAAUUCAGUGAAUGGUUAACUUUUUUUUUUUUUUGUCUCAGAUGAUAUAUAUGCAUUUUCAAAAUUUCUGCAUUACCUUGGGGGAGGGGGAGGUUGGGGGGAAAAGGGUUAACAGGAACUUAAAACUAAAAUUAAAAAAAAAAACAAAGCAUUCAGACUUGAUCUAUUUUCUACAAUGUAUGCUGCGACCAGGUCCUGUUAUUCAUAUUGUGGCUUUGAAUCAAUUAUGUUGAUUAAAAUGCUGUUGCUUCUA